AUGGAAUUUCUUGCUAUCGACAGUGAUGUUUCUAUUGUACCUUCCUGGAUGCCCUUACUUAGACAGAGUUUUAUAUGCAGCGGAGUUGUAACAUUUUACUUCAUCCAUGGUCUUUUUGUGGGUGCCCCAACUGUGUUUAUCCCGCAACUAAGAAGGGAACACAAUUCUACGGAUUCUAUAGAUUUGUCUAUGGAAUCUUGGUUAUCAUCCGCCUUAUUCUACAGUUCCAUACCUUGGGCAGUUAUAAUCCCGAUCUUCGCAUACUAUUUUGGAAGGAAAAAAACUGAAAUUAUUCUCUGCUUUGACACAUUGAUAAGCAGCGUUAUUUUGUACUAUAGUACAUCACCAAGACAGAUUAUUAUCAGUCAGAUAAUAAUUGGUAUGUUACCUGCCGGCCAUCUCACUGUUUCUGUAAUGGUGCUAACAGAAUAUUUUUCACCUAGAUAUAGAGGCAUUUUUAUGAGUGUCAAAUCAGCGACUGUAUUCUGGGGAAUAUGGAUGUCAAACGCCAUAGGAACGUAUUUUCAUUGGAGUAAUAUUGCAAUCCUGAGCUUUGUCUGCAGCGCAUAUACCUUAAGUACAUUACUAUGGACAGAGUCCCCGUACUGGCUUGCAUCUAAAGGUCGCUUCAGGGAGUGUGUUGAAACACACCGGUGGUUAAAAGGGACUGAUGCCGAAUCAGAGGAAGAGCUUAAACGUCUCAUUGAUUAUCACAAAUCACGUUUUAAUUCACGUAAUGGAAGACGUCCGAUUUUAAUAUUGAAAUCGACGUUUAACGCGAUAACAGAAAGUAGUUUUUAUAAGCCCCUUCUUAUUGCUACGUUGACAAUUUGUUUAUUCCAUAUAUCCGGAAAAUUUGCAUUUAGUAUCUACGCUAUAAGGAUAUUAAAAGAUAUAACUGUUAGUGAAUGGACAGCUUACAAUGGUAUGUUGAUUUUGGAUGGAUUAACCAUACUUGGGAUGUAUGUGGGUUCGUCAUUUUCUAAAUUUCUUAAACGCAGAACAAUGAUUUUGUACGCGUCGUCACUCGGCGCUGCUUUUUUAUUAUUACUAUCUGUGUAUUUAUAUUUAAUUGAAUAUGAAAUUGUAUCAGAUAAUAAGUAUGUUUCUAUACUUCUAUUAGCUGCGUACUGUAUGUCAAUGAGCUGUGGUCCGAUGAUUAUGGCCCUAUGUGUAUGUGGUGAGCUAUCACCGUUACAGAAUAGAAGCCUUUUUCUUUGCGUAAUAUGUAUUAUUUUUAAUAGUCUAAUGGCAGUGAUGCUUAAACUAUCGCCAUAUUUAUUCAAAUCAGUUGGUCUAAGUGGCUCAUUUCUAUUCUAUGGAAUCGGUUCUUAUACAGUCAUUGGAUUACUUUACAAGUACUUACCGGAAACGAAAGAUAAAACUAUUCUCGAAGUCCAGAAGUAUUUUGAAGGAAAUUUUUGUAUUAAGGAAGAACAUGAAGUUAUGUUAACAGAACGCCGAUUAGUUGAAAUAGGACAUCCUAUGACGAAUUAG